AUGGUUUUAACUAAAACCGUACCUGAACACAUAAAGUUAAGUGAACCUGUGAAAAAUGCUAUAUUAGUUCAGGAUUUAAACCCAAAAAAUGUGCAAAACAUCGAAUCUAUCCUAAUCGAAGUAGAUGACAUUGAAGAUAAAGUCAAGGUCAGUGAAUUAAAAUGCGAUUUAAAAUGUACACAAACUGAGCUAAUAUGUGCAAAGGAAUUAAACACUGAGCUAAAAAAUAGAAUUGGCGACUUGGAAAAAAUAAUAUCGUUACUGGAAUCUCAAAAUCCAAAAAUCCAAAAACCUAACCCAAUUAAUACAACAAUUUUAAGUUCCAACGUUGUCAAGUCUAACAUUUUGGUACAGGAAGAAAAAAAUACUAAAAUUAAGGGUAAAAACGCAAAAAACAAGGAACAUGAAAACAAAAACGUUAUUACAAAAAAUGACGUAUCAAAUGCGAUACUGGAGGCAGAAAUCAAAGCCAAAGUUAACGAAUUAACAAAUCAAGACCAGGCAAAUAAAAUAAUAGGUUCAAAUACAAGUGGAGAAAACAUUGCAGUUGGAAAAUACAAGGUUGACGACGUUGUUCAAGAAGAAAGAGAAGACUGUUAUUUAGCCACUCUUCACAUUAAAGAUGCUUCUGCUACCGACUCCAGAGCAUAUUAUUUAGCCGUAGAAAAUGAUCGUGGUACAGACCGACAUGCUGUACAGCUGUAUGUUAAUGAACCUCUGCAAAUGAGCACGCUGGUUACCGUAGCUGGAGUGAUGUUGGUAGCAUUUUUACUGUUAAUUUGCGUUUGCAUCUACGCUAUUAGAACUGAAAAGUGCUGUUUUUCAAGUCUUCAAAAACAAAACACACUCAAAAUUGGAACGCGCGUGCUGUCGCCCGAUUUUUUCGACUCUGAGGGCGUCAACGACAACAAACGGGUGUUAGAAAAUGUCGGUCCAAUGCAGGACAAAUCGAAAUACUAUAGCUUUAGUCGGUACGACGACUAUCCGGACAAAACGGACAAUUGGUCGUACUCGACGAUGCAGAUGGGCUCGCACAGGUCCUCGUUCCCGUCAGAUAGCAGGCACGUUAGGCGAUCGCUAAAUAACAAAAAAUACCACAAAAAGGACAGCGGCACCAGGUCUUCGGCCAUCGCACGACCUAAACCGUUGCAAUACGAUAACGAAAAGUAUUACGAUCACGUUUUCCCGAAACGAGACGGUGCCCUUUAUGCCCCUCAUUUCUAUCAGCCGAAUUGUUACGAUCAUGCGGAACUGUAA